UUUGUUUUUGUAUUGUAUUGUCAAAAUAAGUCGCUGUCGUUUGCUCUGAAAAUUGGGUUAGUCACGUUGCUAAGAAAUUGUUUAACAAACUGAAAAAAUAAUUUUAGUGGAUUUCAGAAUGACGAUGCCCAAGAAUUCGGUGACCCACAACACAGAUCAGAUUGCAUUGUCAUACCUCUUGGACAAGGUGCACGAUGAUAUUCUCGUCUCAACCGAUAGUUAUCACUUUCGAAAACCAAUGAAAAAUAAUGGAGUUCAGAAAAACAUAGAUUUGCAAACUAUUGGGCAGAACGAUUACUUGCAGGACAUUCAAAAGAUUGUGGACAACUGUGUGAAAUGCAAAGGCGAUGACGCAAAACACACGAUCUGCGCCAGAAAUAUGUUGGAGCAUGCGCGCAUUAAGAUGAAGGAGUCCGAGCAUUUCUUCAUUCAACUUGAGGCUAACAUUGUGCAACAUCUAAAACAGGCAAAGGCAAAUUACUGGUUGCGGGUACGACUCUGAUACAGAUAGCGAAUAAGCUGGAAAAUGUAAAAGUAUUAUUGCGAGUUUGUUGUCUACUCUAUCUCAGUCGUCAGAUCUAACAU